CAGAAUUAUGUGCCUUGCUCUUACUCUCAUCUCAUGGUGAAAACAGCCAACCAGUGCACAAUAUGUAAAUGAUUGUGCUUAGUGAGGUAGUAACAAACCUACUGAAUGGUUGUUAUAGCGACAGCUGAAGGCCCUGCCUUGUUGCUUAUAUGAGAGAAUAAUGUUCAUGUUUCCCUAGGGGUGUGAGAACUAAAAUUGUAACAGCACGGGAGAAAAGGAACUGACGGGCAACAAAGUGAUCGGUGGAGUUAGAUUGUGGAGGCAGCAGAUUUUCCCUCGGUCAUGCCAGUUCUUAAAUUUGAUGCUGAGUCACUAGAAGGUAUCCCAAAAUCCUCCUGUUAUAAGCUUCCAUCAAAGACUAUGGAGGAAAUAGAACAUACCUGCCCUCAGCCACAUACGGAGCAACUGCUUUACCAAUCAAGCUUCACCCUUACAUUCACUGAACCUGCUGCAUUUGCAGAUGAAACAAGCUGUCAGUGCAAGGCCCCCCACGAAAGAUUGACUAUUGCUCAGGCCCGUUUUGGAACACCAAUUGACAGACCAGUGAGAGUUUAUGCAGACGGAAUAUUUGAUCUCUUUCACUCAGGUCAUGCUCGGGCUCUCAUGCAAGCCAAAAAUCUUUUUCCAAAUACCUACCUACUUGUUGGAGUGUGCAGUGAUGACCUAACACACCAAUACAAAGGUUUUACUGUCAUGAAUGAGAUUGAGCGGUAUGAUGCCCUAAGACAUUGUCGCUAUGUUGAUGAGGUUAUUAGGGAUGCACCGUGGACACUAUCUCCGGAAUUUCUUGAAAAACAUAAGAUUGAUUUUGUGGCACACGAUGAUAUUCCUUAUUCCUCUGCUGGAUCAGAUGAUGUCUAUAAACACAUUAAGGAAGCUGGCAUGUUUGUCCCAACUCAAAGAACAGAGGGCAUCUCUACAUCUGACCUGAUUACCAGAAUUGUACGAGAUUAUGAUGUUUAUGCCCGACGUAAUCUUCAAAGAGGUUACACAGCAAAAGAGCUUAACGUUAGUUUCAUAAAUGAAAAGAAGUAUCGCUUCCAAAAUCAUGUUGACAAAAUGAAAGAAAAAGUAAAGAACGUAGAAGAAAAAUCAAAAGAAUUUGUUUAUAAAGUGGAGGAAAAAAGCCAUGAUCUUAUACAAAAAUGGGAAGAGAAAUCACGAGAAUUUAUAGGAAACUUUUUAGAGUUGUUUGGUCCGGAUGGAACUUGGAAACAAGUUUUCCAAGAGAGAGGUGGACGGAUGCUGCAAGCUCUGUCUCCAAGACAAAGCCCGUCAAGUAGCCCAACAAGAGAACGGUCCCAGUCCCCAACAUUCCAGUGGCCAUUUACCAAAACUUCACCCCCAUCUUCCCCGAAAGUUGCUUCUGCCUCCAUCAGUAGCAUCAGUGAUGGAGAGGAGGAUGAAAAUUGAAUGGUUGGGAACAUGCAGCAAGUGAGCAGAUGAAUAGGAUCAGCAAUGAUAUAAUCUCAGGCGAACCUUAGCCUUUUAUCUUUCCUUUCUGUCAUUCUCAGGCCCUUAACAGAGUCUGACUAAUCCUAUUACUAUUAUAGUGCACGCAUUGCAAAUAUCAGCUUCUAAAUUGUCCCCUACUACAAGAAUCCGUGCUAUAUUUAAUGUUAGCAUCACAAUGUUCAUGGCUCCUGUGUUGACAGAUAAGUCAUAAGACAACCCUCAAUGUAAAAACCAAAUACAUCUCAGAUGCCAACUAUAAUAGGGAUGUGUAGGUAAACUAUUUGUGACUGAUACAAUGAGAAUGAUUAUAAGCUUGCAUCAUCAAGUACCAUAAACAAAACGAGCUGGAAAAUACACAAAGCAAUAGAGGCAAAUUUUAAGACUUCCUCCUCCUUGAGUUGGAUCAUAAUUAUGUUUUAUUAAACAGACUUUUUUAAAAAACAAAUAACCUUUAUCCAUAAUGUAUAAUAAACGUGAUAAACAUUGAAUAGAUAAAAUCAUGAUAGCACAGCUGUUGUUGAUUUUCAAAUUAUUGAGAUGGGAGGAAAGUAACAAUUCAUAAAUAGUGGACAAUUUUCAAAUGUAGAAUUCAAUUCAACAUUGAUUGAAUAUAUCAUUUUGACCUUUUGCAAUGAUUACCAUUACAGGAAUAAACAAACCAAUUAAACCUGCUUUUAAAUCCAGCAGUGGAAAUAUUGGCCCAGAACCUGGAGGGAAAAUAACAGUAAAUUUAAUGUACACACUGUUAUUAGUGUGUAAAUAACUCAGCAAUUAGUGGUAAGGAAAAGAUACCUUGUGAGAUGUGAAUCACCGCAAAUUGCUAAAAGAUUUGCGCUGUUCUGCCAUUAGUCACAUGAAAAUAGGCAUCUGCUGUCAACCUCCCCAUUAGUUUUCAAGAAAUUUCUGCAAGUAUGUUCUUAAAAUGAAAGCAACAUUGCCAUACAAAUUUAGGGCUGGUUCCUAAUGACACAAAGGCCCUUUUUAUGGUAUUUAUGUUCCUGAAAUACCAUUCCACUCGUCUCUGGCAGGGAAGGGAAGAAACUGAAACUCAGCGAUCUCUUCCUGUCAAUAAUAUCGUUCUUUGAAGAUUUUUAGAAUUAAAAAUUAAAAAUUCAAAAUAAUUUUUAAAAUAUUUAACCUCUCUUUAAAUCCAAAUUUUCCCUCUACUUGUUGUUCUUUUUAAGUUUGAUUCUAAUGCAAUCUAUUAUCUUCUUUGUUCUGCUGUUUCUCUGUGCUUCAGUUUCAUUAUUUAAUGAAAUAUAUCUUUGAUCCCUUUUGCUCACUAAGGUCCAAGAUAACCCAUUAAUGUUGCCAUGUAGCUAUUUACUCGUAUUUCUCAUAAUUUACUGAAUACAAUUUGGGGAGAGAGGAACAGAAAAAAAAACUAACAAUGGGGUAUGCUGGAGAAUGCCAUGCGAGAGCAAAUUCUGUGUCUGAGAUCAGAGAGAGCACAUGAUGAAUUGUGUUCAGAAGAGCUGAAUUUAUAAUGUGGGAUGUGCAACACACUGAGCUGCGCAAAACACAUCCAACAUAGUAACUUUGGAAUACAUUGACAGGCAGAAAUGCUCACUUGCACGAAAUACUUUUUAAACAUUUGUGACUUCACUUUACAAAAGAAUCUUUUUGUCACUUUUCAAAAACAUUAUGCAAGAGUAACACUUGAUGGUGUUUCAUGUCCGCAUAGUCAUACAGCCUUGGAUCAGUGGAUCUGAAUUGGCCAUCAGUCGGCGGUGGCGGGGGGGAACCUAACUCCAGAAUUAAAUUGUCAUUUUGGCAGAAUGUAAAGUGGAAGCUAUUUCUCAGUAAGAGAGAAGCAUCAAUACAAAUGCUCUUCUGUCCUAUCAUUUCCACUUGCAUUGCUUCACUUGUCAAUUUUCUGUGCCUUGCAUGCAGAAGUUGAACAAGAAUAUUCUUUAACUGAAGCAGAGCUAGAGAUCAGGCAGGGAUAAUUGAAGCAUUGUGCACACGUGUAAUUCAUCCACUACAUUAAAAUUUGAUCAACACUUCUAAUGAUAUUCUGUUUAACAGAGCACUAAAAUAAUUUAGUAGACGUGUUGGUUGAAGCAUUGUAACUUUUCACAGUACGUCCAGAGGAGUUGGGAAAUUUAAAACGGUUGGCUUCUAGCGAUAUCGUUUCAUUGGGACAAGUUUACAUUGGCAGUUUCUUUUCUAUGCAUGUCUAUUAGAAUUUACCACAGAAAAUAUUGCAGCAACUUCACACAGACGAUAAGACACUUCAAAUCCUACCUAUAAAAUGUUGAAAACCUAAAUGUUUUUCAAUUUCUAAAUGGUCCCUAAUUAUAACAAAUGCUGGAUAUUCCAUCUUUGGCUAAGGAGGUCGCAGAGAAAAUAAAUGAAAAACGGUUUCACCCUAUAUAAAAACACCUUCAAAUUAGCUUUGUAUCGGAGACAAUACCAAACACUAUCUUGGUUUCAUGAAAAAGCAAGUUUAUACGUAAAACAGCAAUGGGCAUUGAGAUGGGGGUUAAACUGUAAACAAAAAUCUCAUAAGUUUCAUUAUUCUCCAGUGACUGGGCAUUGGAAAUGUUCCACAUGAGCUUUAUAAUUAGAACACCCUAUGGCAAGACUGUUUAUGUUACAACAUCAUACUGUAAUGGAAACUAAAAUUGAAUCCAGGAGAACUUUGUGAAUUGAUGGCAAAAGCAGAUUUUCUAUUUGGUUUUCAGAUCAUAGUUAGAAAAUUAAUGAAUGGAGGGUUGUCAAUUAGAGGUUGUAUCAGGUUCUUUUAACAUCACACGUUGACCAAAAAGCUGUCCUGAAUUCUGGUAACUUCUGAGGUGUUUUGUCUAAGUAAUACCAUGACAUAUUUUAUUCAAAGCUUUUGUAUAAUAUUCUGUCCAUGUAUUCAGUACUCUGAAAUGUUGAUUUACACUCUACUUUAUUGCCAUACAAUUUAUAUGGAGAAGGUAUGUUGUUCCUGAGGCCAUUUUGUUGAACUUUUUUUAAAAUGACAAAAUCUGUCACAUGUACUUUACUGUAUUUUUAAUUUAUUAAGAUGCACUAGCCAGAAAUACAAACAGUAAAAGAACAAUAAAGAUCAAGUUUAAAGCAACUGAUAUUCAGCUUACUGCUGUGAGCCCAGUCAUUUCCAUUGCAGUCCAUUUGUUCCAAGCUCCAUCUCCACGAAGUUAUUUCCACAUGUAUUUAAUCAGAGAUUCAAAUCAUUAAAAUGUGAUCAAUGGGUUAAAUGGAAAGAAACCUGUAAGGAAGACAGUCCAAA